AUGCUCGCUCACGUGGCUGACGCACGGUGGGUCAUCUACACUCCGGAUGCGGACAUGUGCGAAAAGGACGACGGACCGCUGAAUGGAGACGUGACGGGUGUCCGUGCAUGUCGGCCUGACGGCAUCAUCCCGAUGAGUCUGAGAGGUGCGAACAUCUACAACUUCGGUGUUGGUCGGGCGCCCGACCAGGCAACCUUCAGAGGGCUGAUGGAGGAGGCGGCUGAUCUUGUGGCGCUCGGCGGCGGCGCUGUCGCCGCGGCCGUAGCGUUGCCCGAGGUUUGGCUCUUCACGGAGUCGAACGCCACCGUCGCCAUCGGAGACGAGUGCCUGGCGGGCCCAGAGGUGGUCCUCCACAAGAGAGGGCCGGUUCACUCCACAGGAGACAUUCUGAUUGUAGGGAGCGUGCCAAAGGCGACGGUCGAGCAGUGGAGGCGCACGCGUGCUGGGACCAUCUAUGCCAGGGUGAUGACGGCGAGGUUCAAUCCAGCAGGCGAACGCUGUCGGCCGUGGUCCAGCGUCGCCGAGACGAUCAGCGAGAGUGCGAUGGACCACUGGCAGGGGACGGGGCCACGUACAGCAACCUGGGUGACUCGAGUCAUGGCUUGCCGCAACAGCGGCCCAGAAGAUCAUCAUCGGUGGUGGCGCGCUACGGCGAAGCUCAACGCAUCCGACUGGGGAGUGGCCGAGAAUGGCCAGUUGUCUUCAUACGUCGAGGCGGCGGGCAGCAUGGAUCAACUCGAGCUGUCGAACCUUGUGGUGAUUGAGAAGGCGGCCGGACGGCCGCAGACCGUCGAGUACCACGAUGGGGGCGCUGCUGGAGAUGCCGCUGGUGUCACAGGCAGCGCGGUCAUCAUGCGCGAUGAGAUGGACCUUUUCGAAGGGCGCCAGCACGUCAACCCCACAGUGUGCUGCGCGCCGAGCCUGGUCGAGCACGCGAGCAAAGAAUUCGAGAAGGAAUCGCAGAUCCAGAAGCAGGCCAGGAAAGCACGAGAAGAGCGAGCCCUUCUUCGCCAGCCCCCAGGCAAAGGAGGCGGAGGCCGCGUGUCUCUGAAGCAGUGGGCGAGGAGGCUCAGCCACGACGUCGCAGCCGCCCUCGCUGAGAUGCAUCUUGGUGGAGCCUCUAGCCCCCCUGCCGGCGCGCUGAUUUUAGGCGCAGGGCUGGAGAGACACGCGCUGCCAAACUCAUUUGGCGAGCAGAGUUUUGCAGCGAGCGACUUCAAGAUCUAUCGCGACCCAGAGUUGUGCGGGUCUGCUCGGCAGCAUGCUCUCGUUUUGCAGAGGUUGCGCGCUCGGGGCAAGAGAGCAUUCGAGAAGUGGUUGAAGAAGCUGCUCUUUGGCGUCGUCUCCGAUAACGGCGUGGCCCGACCCCGCUUGACAGUCACGCCGAUGGGCGGGGCCCGCGCUCUGUGCUGGUGCCAGACCAUCCACGAGGAGAUCUUGAGCCGCAGCUUUGCGAUCUCGAGUCGGAGUGCCCAGAUCGGCCCUCCAAGUUAUGGCCUGCUGUACUUCGGGAGCUCCGGCGGGCCCAGGAAAAUCGCCAAGUGCAAAGAGUGCGUCCAGGAGCGGGUCCUCGUUCUCACGGACUCCGCGGGCGCGCUGCUUCCGGACUGCGGCGCGCUGGCGCGUCGGCCCGUGGCAGACCCUGCCAGCGUGACUGGAGCUCCGCGCGAGGAGAGAGUGAUCUCGCGGAGUGGCGCCGUCGGGCGAGGCCUCGCCCGGGUGGCUCCGCCCUCGGCGAGUCCGCCAGAGCGGCCGCCGCAGGGGCCGCCACUGGAGGCUUACCCAGCGGAGGCUCUACUCCAGAGGCGGCGGCGCCGGGCUCGUCGGAGGCAGGGCGCCCGCGGAAGAGUCCGAGCGCUUCCAGGGAGGGCAGCGCUGGAGACCAUCGUGGCGCGGGCGCCCGCGAGGCAGUUGCACCGGCGUCUGCUGGCUCGUCUAGCGAGGCGGCCCGGGAUGGCGAUCGACCCGAUCGCGACGGGCGCGGAGCUCGACGAGUUUCAGGCGGCGCUCGUCCGCUUCCUCAAUCGGAUGAGCACCGCAGCACUGGGCGCAGCAGUGGCCGAACACCUCAACGAGGAGUUUUUCGAUGGGGGCGACCAGGGGGCAUUUCCUACCGCGCUGCGGCGGCUGGCGCCGGGCGAGUCGAGGCCCCCCGCGCCCGCGAGCGUCUUCGUCGCGCUGGCGAACGAGCUGGUCGCGCGAGGGGGGCUUCGGCAGGGUGCGGCGAUUCUGGCGGCUCAUCGCUGCUACUUGCGCCCCGGCGAGCUGUCUCGCGCGACCUGGAGCAUGGCGCGCCCUCCGGUCAGCGCAAGCGGACCGGGGGCCACGGCGACGCUGGCGCUGCGCCCGUUCGAACAGGGAGUGAGUUCCAAUACCGGCGCGUUCGACGAGACGGUGCAGAUCGAUUGGCCGCCGCUGUGUCUGGCCGGCGCGGGGUCGGUGGCCCUGGGCGAGAGCGCAGUGCAGAACGCGCGGGAGCUCGGCCUCGACGACGCGAUCGGCGAGCUCAUGAUGCACAGGCUCCAGCACUCGGGGCCGAGCGCCGACUUCCUGGUGGGCAGAUGGUCAUGGACCGCCGCGAGCGGUAGGCGGAUGGCAGCCCCGUCUCCGCCCGACGCCACUGGAGCGAUCCGGAAGCCAGGCUUCACCUGGAACGAGGCGCGGCAGCGGGUGCAGCACUCCGACGGCUCCGUCCGCACUUCGGUGACGCGGAUCUUGGACGCGGGCGGGGGCACUGCGGCGUCACCGCCCAGGCCGCGCGCCAUCGCAUCCGUCGGCCACCCGGGGCCCGUCACCAGCUUCUUCAGCAAGGCCAGCUCCUCGGGCACCGCGGAGCUGUCGCGCUCGUCGCGGGGCGGCUCGUCACGGGGCGGCUCGUCGUGGAAGUCGUCGCGAUCGUCGUCAUGCGACCCGCACGGCAGGGACGGCGACAUCUCUUCUGGGCCAGGACCCGGGUCGCGCUGCUCUUCGGGCGGGUGGGACACGUCCACCAACUCUUCGGAGCACUCCCGCCCGCGGACGCCGCCAGACGUGGCUCCCUCGCCGAACGGGCCGAACGGGCUGCUGAUGCCGGACCCGAUCAGGACGAGCACGAUGCGGCCGUCGCUGCCGACGUCAUCUCUCACCCGCCCGUACUCGAUCAGGACAAGUUUGAUGUUGCCGCCGACACUGUUCGACGACGACCAGGUCACCGAGGGGAAAGCCGAGCAGCCUCCCGCGGAGUCCAGCAGCCGGGAGACGCCCGCCAGCGCGGAGCUCGCCGCGUGCGCGCAGCCCGCGGCCGACCCGCGGGUGGUCGUGGCCGAGCCUUCGGCCGCGCGUGCGCAGAUGGGUCCACUGCUCAAGCGGGACCCGUUCGGCCGCGACGUGCCCUGCCGGCGGGAACCGCCCACCAAGGAGUGGUCGGUCGACCCGCUGGUCAAGUACCUCAGGGGCGUGGUCCAGCAGAUCGAGCACAACAUCCAAAAUCACUGCGUCCCCACCGCCGAGAAGUUGGACGCGUUUGUCUCGCGCCUGAUGGCGAAUACAGAACGGCACGUGAGACGCGCGCCGAAGAAGCGGAGACACGCGCUGCAGGUGUUGUUGUCGAGGAGAAACUUCGCGAGGCACGAGAACCAACGGGUCACAACUCCCGAGGAGCUAAAGACCACGCUGAACAGCGUGAUCGAAGACUUGUUGAGGGAUAUCAGCGGCGGGAGCUCAACCUGUCCCUCUUCGUGAACAUUCGUGAACUGACGCGCGAACGUGCACGAAUACACGUAGGCCCGCGCAGUCGCUUUCGAUUAGUGACCUGCCCCUCCCCCCCCUCCCCUGCAAGGCGCGGAUGUUAGGUUUCAGUGGCCAUGGGUACGGCCAGUGAGCUCCCGCCCACCUUGCUUUUUGUGCGGCCGCGCCCAUCGUAGCGACCCCAGGCUCGUCUUGCUGGUUCCUGUCGAAGCGCGCGCUGUCGGAGCGGGCCCCGUGUAUAUACGAUAGAGCGAGGAGGCCUCGGCAUGCGAGGCCUCGGUAUAGGCUGGGCCGGCCCGGUCGAUAUCGGCAGCGCCGGCUGGCGGGGUGCGGGCCGGAAGGGCCCCGCCGAGCCGCGGCCCAGACCGACCCAGGGGUGGAGACUGCCUGGCCAGGUUUUUCAUAGAGCUCGCGAAGGGACCAGACUUGACUGUAUGGCGUUAUUUAGGCAAGGCUGAACGCUCGCCGUACUGUUUGAUUGUGUGGCGAGAUAGGGUCAGACUUGACUGUUUGAGACCAGACUCGGUAGGGCUGCGCAUUCUACUCGCAUC